AAAGCAAGAUAAGAACGGUGGCAGAUGUGAAGCAUAUAAAUACUAAGAGCUGUCUGGUUCCUUCUUAUAAACCCAAGGAAGUAGGAAUCCAGGCCAGAGGCAGAUAACUUCAGGGCAAAGAAUAUCUGCUCCAUGUUCUAGAGCUGGCCAGUUUGCAACUGAAGAGCAAGCUUUUGCAAUGUCUUUGGCUGGAGUGACCUGUCUGGUGACAGGAGCAGGGGGAUUUCUUGGCCAGAGAAUUGUCCAUUUACUGCUGGAGGAGGAGGAGGCACUCGCUGAGAUCCGACUUCUAGACAAAGUCUUUAGCUCUGAGACACUCAUGAACUUUGCAAGGUACAAGGGUAAGGCUGAGGUGAAAAUCCUGGAGGGGGACAUCCGAGAUGCUGCCUUCUUGCAUCGCGCCUGCCAGGGCAUUUCCCUGAUCAUCCACACAGCUUCCAUCAUUGAUAUCUUGGGUCAUGUAGAAAAGCAGCUGCUCUGGGAAGUCAAUGUUACAGGUACUCAGCUACUGCUGGAGGCGUGUGUCCACAGUAACGUCCAAUACUUCAUUUAUACCAGCUCCAUAGAAGUGACAGGCCCAAACUGCAGAGGUGAUCCCAUCUGCAAUGGUGAUGAAGAAACAGCCUAUGAGAGUUCACUAACAUUUCCAUAUGCCGAGACAAAGAGACAAGCAGAGAAACAUGUCCUGAAGGCAGAUGGUCAGGCACUAAAGGCAGGUGGCAUCUUGCAGACAUGCGCCCUACGGUCUAUGUACAUCUUUGGAGAAGGAAGCCAAUUUCUCCAGAAUCACCUGGAUCAAAGCCUCUUGAACAAAAAUAUCCACCUGCGUACUUCCAGGAAAGAAGCUUUAGUGAAUCCUGUAUAUGUGGGAAACAUUGCCUGGGCUCACAUUCAAAUCGCCAAAGCCCUGAAAGAUCCAGAAAAAGCUAAGCAGAUCAGAGGGCAAUUUUACUAUAUCUCAGAUGACACUCCCCCCAUGAGCUAUGCAGACCUAGAUUAUGAGCUGACAAAGGAACUGGGCUUUGGAAUUGAGCCCCAGCUGCCCAUGCCACUGGUAAUGCUGUACUAUUUUGCAUUGCUACUGGAGAGCUUGAGUUUCUUGUUCAGGCCCUUUUUCAGAUACAUCCCCUCUACCAACCGUCACCUUGUGAAUCUGAUGAACACACAGUUUACCUUCUCCUACAAGAAAGCACAGAGGGAUUUUGGCUAUGUACCCCGCUACACAUGGGAAGAGGCUAAGCAGCGCACUGGUCAGUGGAUUGCCUCACUGAUUCCACAGAGGAGAGAGUACCUGAAAAACAAAACUGCCUAAGUAUGAAAGAAGCAGACUCUGCAAGAUAAACAGGCUCAUCAGCAAUAGAAGAGCUGAAUGGGUUUCAGUAGACAAUGACAAAGAACUAAAAUGUGAGAUCUGUGCAAUGAACAACUUAAAUGAAUAAAAAAAUAUGAAAAACUUCA